GAGGCCCAGCCUACUUUAUUCACUCCAUUCACAUGCUCUAACAGAUAGGAGUACAUAAGUCUGAGGAACACAGAGGAACCCUUGUCUCGGUUCUUCUCCACACUUUAUCGUCCACUCCACUGAUCUGGUCCUUUCAGUAAAUAAUCUCUGAUUUUGCAGCAUGUGUACAGGAAGGUGUUCUCGUUUUGUCGCCGGGGCGCUGUACCCACUGGCCGCCAUCUCCAUCCUCUGCAACAUCAUCCUGUUCUUCCCCGGCUGGAAGGCUACAUACGCCGCUGACGGAAACUUAACCGAGGAGGUGAAAUACAUGGGAGGCCUGGUCGGAGGAGGACUCAUGGUUAUAGCUCCAGCUCUGUUUAUUCAUGUCACUGGGAAACAGGGAUGCUGUGCUAACCGCUGUGGGAUGUUCCUCUCCAUCCUGUUUGCAGCAGUAGGAGUGUGUGGCGCCCUCUACAGUUUCUCAGUGGCCACGUUAGGACUGAUUCAUGGGCCAUACUGCAGAAUGGGACUCAUUUGGGGGACUCCCUUUAAAAACAGGUCAGAGAGUUACCUGAAUAACCGUGAUUGGUGGAUUAUAUGCACAGAGCCGAAGGGUGUGGUGGAGUUUAAUGUCGGUCUGUUCUCCACUCUGCUCGUCUGCAGCACUCUGGAGUUCAUCCUGUGUGCAUCACAGAUGAUUAACGGUCUCAUUGGCUGCAUCUGUGGAGCCUGCGUGGAUAAAGGGCCUCUGUAAGUAAGACUUCACCUGACGAGCCCAAAUGAUUCUGGCGGUUUGACUGGACUGGAAUCAGCAUUUCAUCACAAACGCAAUUAAUGAUCUAACCUGACUGUAAAGUGUUCAUGUGUGAAUAAAUCAAAGUUAAAUCUAACAGUGAGUGUAAUAAAGCCAUUAACUGAAUGACA